CCGGGCGGGCAGCGGGCGCCAGCUGAGAGAGGCUCGCCCGCCUGCCCGCCACGGACGGUCCCGACACCCGGAACACACCUCCACCCCCCGAGCUCCGUCAUGACUUGGAAGUCGGAGACGAGCAUCGCCGUGGACGCCAAGGUCGCCCACAGUACGAGCACAGAGCAGCUCACCGAGGACGCGGCCAAGGACGUGCCAAAAUGGACGGGGGUGCGGCACUUCACCACGCUCAUGCUCUUCCUGGGCAUGGCCAACGCCUACAUCAUGCGGACCAACAUGUCGGUCGCCAUCGUGGCCAUGGUGAACCAGACGGCCGUGCUCAAACCUGAGACCCUGACCAACGAGUGCCCGGCCAACGAGUACGAGCCAGAAGAGCGGGCCGAGGACGGAGCCUUCAUAUGGGACUCGGAGGAGCAGAGCAUCAUCCUCAGCUCCUUCUUCUACGGCUACGUCGUCACGCAGAUCCCCUUCGGCAUCCUCGCCAAACGGUUCGGCGCCAAGUACUUCCUGGGCGUCGGCAUGCUCAUCAACUCCGUGUUCGGGCUGCUGGUGCCGCUGGCCGCCAACCACGGCGAGGGCUGGAUGAUCGUGGUGCGCUUCGUGCAGGGGCUGGGCGAGGGCCCCAUCGUGCCCUGCACGCACGCCAUGCUCUCCAACUGGAUCCCGCCCAACGAGCGCAGCAAGCUGGGCGCCUUCGUCUAUGCCGGCGCCCAGCUGGGCACGGUCAUCUCGCUGCCGCUGAGCGGGCUGCUCUCCCGCGCCAGCUUCGGCGGCGGCUGGCCCUCCAUCUUCUACGUGUUCGGCGCGGUGGGCGCGCUCUGGUCGCUCGCCUUCCUCUUCACCGUCUACGAGGACCCCAACUCGCACCCGACCAUCCGCGAGUCGGAGCGGACGUACAUCAACGAGGCCGUCUGGGGCAAGGUCGUCGAGGAGCCCGGCGCCGUCCCCUGGCUGUCCAUCUUCAAGUCCAUGCCUUUCUGGGCCAUCCUGGCGGCGCACAUGGGCCAGAACUACGGCUACGAGACGCUGCUCACCCAGCUGCCCUCGUUCAUGAAGCAGAUCCUCCACGUCAACAUCAAAGACAACGGUUGGCAGUCCGCCCUGCCGUACCUCUGCAUGUGGAUCUUCUCCAACAUGUGUUCCGUGUGCGCGGACUGGCUCAUCUGGAAGAGGGGCAUGACGGCCACCUUCACCAGGAAGCUCCUCAACGCCAUCGGUCUGCUCGGGCCGGCCUUCUGCAUGAUCGGCGCGUCCUACACGGGCUGCUCCGGGGCGGCCACCGUGGCGCUGCUGUCCGUGGGCGUGGGGCUCAUGGGCGCCACCAUGAGCGCGUACCGCAUCAACCACCUCGACAUCUCGCCCCGCUACGCCGGCGUGCUCAUGGCCAUCACCAACUGCGUGGCCAACCUCUUUGCGCUGCUCGCGCCCCUCAUAGCGGGCAAGAUCACCAACCACAAGCCGACGCAAGCAGCGUGGCGCACGGUCUUCUUCAUCAGCGCGGGCGUGUACUUCGUUACGGCGCUCAUCUACCAGGUCUUUGCGUCGGGCGAGAAGCAGUCGUGGGACACCCCACCGGACAAGCCGGCGGCGCGCAAGCGCUCCGUCGUGAACACCGACCUCGGCCUCAGCCACGUCGUCUCUUCAUGAUAGUACAACGACAUCCCCAGUUGACACCAACGCGAAAGGAAACGUGUACAUGUUGGCGCACUCGGAUGCGAAAAAAACAUCGCGGGCGAGUACCCAUUAUUGUCGAGAAAUUUCCGCCAAGUGGGCUCAGGGCGAUGCGCCUCGAGCGAAGAUGUUCGUCAAACUACCGUUUGAGGUAGAGGAAAAUCUCAAAUCCGUAAUGUUAUUAUUAAUAUUUAUUUCAUAUCUGAUGAUGGGGCAGCGAGUGCAACAAAGUUUCUACCUUUGCCAGACAACUAUAUCUUUAUAAGCAAUGGUCUGUUACCGCUUUUAAAUAUCACCAUGGUUAUUGGCGGCGCCCCAAUGAAACCUCAUUGUGUAUUGAAACAUAGUUUAGAGUAAUGGUCGCAGCCGAAUUGAACCACUUUAUUGGUCUGAGACUUUUCGAUUUUUUUAUAGCGAUCUGCUUGUGGGUACAUGUGCACCUACGUCGAUCGGGACUGAUGCCCGUCCUGCCACUUCAGUUCUAAAAGAAUAUGUUGGCAGAAGGUCAUACCAUCAUUCGGUUUUCCCUUCUGAUACUGCGCGUGUACCUGACAUGUAAGAGUGCUCUGUGAUGUUAGCUAGGUGUAAGAUUUAAUUAUUAGUUGUUAUAGAUGGGGUUGAAAUUCUUAGCCGUCUUCAUUACCGCUGGUAUCGUGUCAUAUGCUCCUGGAACGGGAUGUAAACCCCUACCUCUAAGCCCUGGUAUCACAAUACUCAGAGCAUCCACGGCUUACAGCAACUUUAGAUGUAGACAUAUUCCUGAUUGUUCUAAAACAAAGUACCAUUUGUUUUUUGAAAUGCAUUGUUUAGUGUCGGUUGUUGUCUAUCAUGGUGGUCAUGGUCACGUGGUGCACUAAAGUCCUUAUAGACAGGUGGUGGUAUACUGAAGACUGUAAAGGACAUUCAGGCUACAUUUUUCUUUUUAUUUCGCCUCAUCUAACUUUUAAAAUAUAAAUUACAAAGAGUUUAAGUUACAAGAGAGAACUGGAGAAGACUGCUGAUGUCGUGUGUACGUGUUAAUUGAGAGAGAGACGUGUUUGUGGCAUGCGUUCCCGGGAACAAACGCCUUUUAUUUAUUGGUUGUGAAAAUAACUUUUUUUUAUAUAAAACAAAAUAAAAUAUCAAAUUACUU